AUGGCUACCGUUGCAUCUGCGUCAGUGGUGCAUGACAAUGAGGCCGAGAAGGAGGCCAAGGCAGGGAGCAGCCCUUCUCGCUUCACAGCAGUCAAUGGACGAGAAUCUCUGGCCAGUGGAGCAGCCACACCCACCUCAAGCACAAGCAGGCUAUCUGCGCGUGACAAUCCGGCUGUUGAAAGUACCGCCUCUGACCGGACUUCGAAAAAUCGCGGCGAUGCUCCGUCGCGAUACGAUGGGUCUACGAGAGACGUUGAUUAUGCAGAGCUAGGGAACAUUGAAGGAGACCAGGAGGACCAAGAAUCACGGCAUUCGCUAUCUUCCCCGGAGCCCCUCAGCAGAAACAAGCGCAAGAGAUCGGAAUCUAGAGAGCAGGAACAAGCGAAUGGUACCUCUCAUAAGGCACCUAGAAGUCCAGAUCCACGCCUGGACGAUAGCGUUGGAUCAAGCAUGCAGCCAUCCCCAGAAAAUGGUGUUGUCAUAUCUCAGGGAGAAUCCGAUAUUAAGCCAAUAUCUACUCAUUCUCGACCGGAUGAAAACGGUGAACUUCGUACGACGUCAGCAAAUUCAGCAUGGCAUGAGAUUGAUUCCCAGUUGGUGAAACAGGCACAGCGUGCGCAGCAUCUCGACGCUACGGAUGCUCAGCUUGCUGAAGCACUCCAACGAGAGGCAAAUGAUCUUGACAUGUCGCCAAAAGGUUGGAGCACAAACAGUCGUCCACCCGAGAGUUCUGUGCAGAAUGAGCAGUCUGUAUUAAUGCCUAGUCUUUCACAAGAGCGGCCACAUACUGCUGUCCAAGUUGCACCUAAACGAAAGCGUGUUUUCAGCAAUCGAACCAAAACCGGAUGCAUGACCUGUCGCAGAAGGAAGAAGAAAUGCGACGAGCAGCACCCUGCUUGUAACAAUUGCAUCAGGGGAGGAUUUCUCUGCGAAGGCUAUUCGUCUCGGAGCACUUGGCAAAAGCCUUCAACCUCGAAGCCACCUGUCCCUCUGCAAUCAAAAGAUGGCUACACUGAAUUAAAUAGUCAAUACCUGCAUGAUAUCGGCCAACCACAUGAAAGGGCCCAACAUCUGACGGAGCAUAUAGAGGCAAGCAAGAUGAGGCCGAUUGUAGUUGAGGAAGCCGACCGUCCUACUUCCCAGUUCAGCACCAGCCCAACAGGCGUUAGUUCUAAUCGUGGGUGGACCAAGCGAGCAUGGGGAACUAGCAACCAUCCGACAUAUAUAUCCGAUCAUUUAGCGAAAUCGGACUACCGCGAAGUUCCAUCGAUUCAUGAGCUAUCUCGAGAAGGUCAUCCAAAGUCAGAUUAUGCCAUUGUGCCUCCGAUCAGAGACCUUCCUCACGGAGCUCACUCAAAAUCAAGCGCCCUGUUUCAAGGUGGGAUCGAUCAACGAUCAGCACACACCAGCAAUCCAGACACCAGCAGCCCGCAAGCUCAGGCACGGAUGGCUCUAAGCAUUGAACAUCAACUAUCUGCACGCACCAUACCCGGAGAGGAAACAGAGAAAGAAAAAAUGGUACGUGGCGAGCUGUACAGGCCCUAUGAUGUUCACCUUGUAGAAGAAAGGGAUCGUUGUAAGGCUGCAUUAUGGAGAUUCAACAAUGCGUGCAAUCCGGUAUCGGGGCUUAGCACUAAGGAACAAAUACGCCUGCUGAAGGAGGUUCUUACUCCUACAAUCUUGGCCUCUACCUCCAAUUCUCCAGCAGGUACCCCCGCGUCUCGUUCUUCAGGCACGAUCGGCCAAGGAGCGAUCGUUGAGGCCCCUUUUCACUGCCAUUAUGGUUACAAUGUGCACAUAGGUGAAGACGUCAUGAUCUCUGAGGGCUGCCUAUUUGUCGAUGACUGCCCUAUCACCAUUGGAGCGCAUACGUGGAUCGGCCCUCGCGUCACUAUACUCAGCUCAAUGGCUCAUGCAAAUAUGCAGGAGCGCAAAGGCUCGCAGAGCCGCUACCAAGGGCGCUCCGUCGCCAUUGAAGAAGAUUGUUAUGUUGGUGCCGGUUGUACGAUCUAUCCUGGUGUGCGUCUUCGCCGUGGUGCAUACGUUGCUCCAGGGGAGGUGGUGAAAUCCGAUAUAGUAGCCUACGGCUUUCAGGGUUUAAAGCCGGGUUAUAUGUGA